UGGGGGCGGGUAUUUUUGUUUUGUUUGUUUGAAGAGAGGAACUGGAUUUCAAAAAGGACAAACCCAAGCUCUUCAGAAAUAAAACCUGCUGGUGAACUGAUGCGGUGUGGGCGCAGCAGAAAGGUAUCUGCUCGCUCCAGAGCCGACAGCGCGGCUGCGUCACCACAGACGAGCCUUGAAAAUGAAAACAUUCUCCAAACUCGAUCAAUGACUUUACUGCAUCCUCGACAACGCUUCUCCGGCUAGCUAUUUUCCGCCAUUUUUCUAGCUGAAGUGGAAAAGGCUUUCGCGAAGAAGACAAUUUAAAAAAAACUCUUUGUAUUUUUUCUGGAAGAAUUAUCAGUUCUGAAUAAAGAAGCCCCCUCGUCGGUUGUCCGCAGCCAUGGUGAAGUUGGGAAACAAUCUGACUGACAAGAGCAAUGGGAAGGCUGCAGCCCUUGAAGAUGGUUUUGACACCAUCCCCCUUAUCACACCACUGGAUGUCAACCAGCUGCAGUUCCCGGCGCCUGACAAGGUUAUAGUUAAAACAAGGGCAGAGUACCAGCCAAGUCAAAAGAAAGGCAAGCUUCAGGCACCAAAAAUUGCUGAAUUUACCAUCAGCUUCACCGAUGGGGUUUCGGAACGGUUCAAGGUUACAGUUCUCAUUCUCUUUGCACUGGCAUUUCUCACAUGCAUAGUGUUCCUGGUAGUUUACAAAGCUUACAAGUAUGAGCACAGCUGCCCAGAUGGAUUUGUCUUCAAGCAUAAUCGCUGCAUUCCAGUUGGUUUGGAGACCUAUUACUCGGAGCAAGAUUCUGCUUCUCGGGGAAGAUUUUACACUGUCAUUAACCACUACAACUUGGCAAAACAGACCAUUUCACGCUCGGUUUCACCCUGGCUGGCUGCACUCUCUGAAGAGAAGGUGCUGGAGAAGGAAAGUGAAGGCGCUAGCAAAACUGCAGAGUAAACUCCCAGAUUUGACCCUUGGUUCCUUACAGAAACCAAUACUAGGAACCAACUUUAGCUGCUUAAUGUACAAGGCACUGACAUUAGUAAGUUAUGGAAGAGAACUUGUUAAAUUUGAUCCAGCUUAGUUUUUCUUCCAUUCCUCUUCAUUCUGUUCAUGUUAUUUGUAAGUGUUAAUGAAAUUCUUUCCAAGGUGGCAUGCUUGUCUCAUUUGAUUAGUACAUUCAGCUAGGAUUGCUGUACUUUUAAUAAUCUCAGGUUGUGGAUGUGAAAGUAAGUAAGUAGACAAAAACCUGCUCCAUGUUCUGGUUCUGUGGAUAGAUCUUUUGACAAUCCAAUCACCCAUAUUCUUUUUUAAAAAGCAGAGUAAUCUCUAAAUCAAAACGUAUUUAGUGGUUAAUGAGCACUUUGGUCAUUUGGUAUGUUGGAACAGCAAGAUUCUCUCGUACUUUUCAAAUCUGCAACUCCAGUUCAGUGAUAAACAAUAGUGAAAAUUUAAUGUGAAAACAGCAAAAGAUUUCACGGGGGAAACUAUUCUGUCUGACCCAGUGAUGUUGAUAGUUUGGUUGAAAAGUAAUUUGGAGAAUAGAUGGUUGGUUACAGUCAAUUUAUGGAUUAACAAAUUUGACAGUUGGGUCACAGUCACAUGCUAUGGUCUUGAAGUACAACAGGGUUAGUUUUACCAUCUUAGUUUUAAGUUGGGCUAAAGUGAAAGUUGUGACAGCUCAUUAACAUUUGGCAAAGUCGAACUCUCAGUUAAUCCACCAGGAUUCGUAAAGGCCGCAUCUCUGAAGUCUUUCUACAUUUGCUCUUCCACUCCAAUAGUUUAUGAAAAGAAAAAAUCACUUUGCCUCAUUUCCUACAAUGGGCAAAGAAUAUACCAUCUAUCCCAUAUUUUUAAGAAAAUAAUGAUUUUAUAUGUCAUAAAAAUGGUUUAGGUUGAUUCCGGCCAUUCUUGGAGUUCUCCUAAGCAGCUAUUUCUAAAAAUAAUUAGCAUACAUCGAAUGCUUAGGAUUUUAAUAGUACUUAAAAACUCUUUCUUUCCUGCAUCCUCUUCCCCAGAAAGAGAUUCAGCAGUUAGAAUUUAACUAAGCAUUUCUGUUGUCAUUAACAGAAGCCGAAUUUGUAUAUUUAAAAAAAAAUUACAAAUGAAACAUUAGCUUUUUUAAUGUCUGAGAAUUAUUUCAGACAUGUUAAGUGAAGCUGUUUGCUGAUACUUAUGAAACACAGUACCUAGACAUUAAAAUAGUUAUUUUUCAUCAGCACUUGUGUGUAAUGUUUUAUAAAAAACAUAAUUUACACUUGUACACUUAUGCUUUAUGUGAUCCUGAAACAUAGCUUGGAUUUAAUAGUAUUUCCUUUAUUUUGCAUCUAUUUUUAGAUGCCACUCAAAUUCAGGAGGGGAAUACACACCUCAUUUUGUUACCCCAAAUAAUUAUAUAGUUCCUUUAUUUUGAUAUUUUAAAUGUGCAGAAGCCAAUCGGUCACAUUUGCCUUUAGAUGAAGAGGUGCCAAAAUGCCAGAUGUGGACCGCUUGAGACUGAUUUCUUCAGAAUCACAUUGGGAUGUUGAGGAAAAUACAUGGCAGAAAAAGGGAGGAAAAAAAAAGAUGCAGACACAACAAAUUAAAAUGAGUGCCAAAACUUCAUGCUUUGUAAAACAUGUGCCAUACUUGUCAUACAGUGUUUAUGGUGUUAAGUCCUGUUUGUACAGAGCUCCAUGUGUUUUAUACAUCUGAGCAAAUGUUGUAUUGGAUGUAAAAUGAUGCAAUGAGGGUAACUGACACACUAUAUAAAACAAAUAAAGUCAAAUAAAAAUGA